AUGGUGUCCUCCAAUAAUAAUAAUAAUAACAAUAAUAACAAUAAUAACAGUGCUAACGUUUCGCAAGGAGGUUCUGCAUCAGCUAAUAGUAGAAGGAAAGAAGAAAAGAAAGUGGUGAAGAGUUAUGAUGAAUCGGAGAGUGCUAGCGAUAUGGACACAGAUUCUGAGUCUGAUGUAUCGGAUACUAGUAAUAGUAGUUCUUCGGGAGAAGAAGAAGAAGGCGAAAACAAAAAUCCAACUGCACCAGUUAUGAUGCAAAUGAAAAAGUCCAAAAAAAUUAAUUUUCCAAUUACUGUGAAAGAUAACAAGUGUUCUAUCGGAUUAUCUGGGUAUUGUAUGAUAAAGGCGUCACACUGUAUGGAGAGCGGAUCGUAUUAUUAUGAAGUCAAAAUUGAGGAAUCCGUAUCAUGUGACACAACCAAACUUCCUGAUUAUGCAAAACAAAGUCAUUAUAGAUGUGGAUGGAGUAUGGAGCAAGGAUUCGAUAAAGCUUGUUGUGGAUACGAUAAAUACUCAUUUAGUUAUGGAAGUAGUGACGGAAAUUGUUUUCAUAAAGGAAAAGGAUCUAAAUACGGAGAAAAGUUUGGAGUUGGAGACAUAAUUGGAUGUUAUAUUGAAAUACCAGAUACCUCAACACCCAAUAUAAUUUAUGUUGAUGGAAGUAUGAGUUUAAAAACUGGAGAAGUUUUCAGAACAAAGAUUGCUACAUUGGCAGAGAAAAUUGUACCAAAUAGCAAAAUAAUCUUCUUCAAAAAUGGAAAAUUUCAAGGUGUCGCUUUUACUGAUAUCCCAUAUGGAGCAUACUUUCCAGCUAUUUCACUAUAUAUGAAUGCAAGCGUAACAAUGAAAUUUGAAAAAUAUCAACUACAAUAUAACCCUUAUGAUAUCUGCCCAGAAUAUAUUGCUAAAGAUUGGAAACCUGUUGGUGAUUUGAGACACCGUAAUAAGAACACUCAAAAAACUCCAAGAAAGUCAAAUUCACAAAACGAAUUCAAAACUCCACCUAGUAUUUCAAAAGGCAACUUGAAAGAGAUUGGAAAGGGUGCUUCUAAACAAUUUCAUCAAUCACCAUCCCAAAACAGACAUUCAAAAAUUGCCUCAGCCACAAUUACUGAAAAUAAGAAACCAAAAGAAAAGAAGGAAAAAUCUGAGAAAUCUCAUCAUCAUCAUUCCCAUUCAGGACAUGGUGAUAAGAAAACUAAAAAAAAGAAGGAACCAAGGCCAUCCAAUUCAAGUACCACAGAUUUGAAAAAACCAGUUACUGAUAAGCAGCCUUCUCCUUCUAUUGUUAUUGAAAAACCUCCAAUUGAAUUACCACCUCCUCCACCUACUGUUUCAGUUGUCACUUCUACUGAAGUUCCAAAAAGUGUUACUGAGAAGAAAGAAAAGAAAAAGAAACCAAAGCCUUUAAGGAUUAUUACAGACGAAACAGACCUACCAAACAUUAAGGAAACAAAACCAAAAAUUCAAGAUUCUCCAAGAUUACCACUAACCCCAUCUAGUUUGAACCAAAGCUCUGACUCUCCUCUUGUCAGAAGUUCCUCUUCCAUGUCAAGGGUGCCAAGUUACUCUGAUGUUAUGCCUCCUUCUCCUGUUCCUCCACAACCAAAAUCAGAUCAGCAAAAAUCAACAACACCAACUUUGGAUAAGAAUACUCGUUCUCCUUCCUCUGCAGGCUCAUCGUCUUCAAUUAGGAAAUCUAAUAGUGGAACCAGUCUAGAAAAGAGUACAUCCUCAUCGACACCAACUACACCUGCCACUAUCUCAACACCAAUCUCAGCAACAAGCACUGCCUCUUCCUCUUCUGCAAGUAACGCAACUACACCUGCAAUAAUUCCUCCUGUAAAUGAUGUCAUGCCUGUAAAUAAGCCAUAUAUAACAAACAUGUCUGACAAGCCUAUCGUUCAAUCCUCAUUUCCUUCGAUUGAACAAAUUACACCUCAAGCCAAGGAAAGGAAAUCUAAACCAAAGUCUGAAGGUUCAUCAAUCAUGGCUAGAUCAAAAAAUUUCACACCAAAGAAAGUAUUAGCCAAGAAGGAAGAUUCGGUACCUGUAAAAACUGCUCCUAAGAGAAAGGCUCCAAGUAAAGAUGAGGAACCUGUCAUUCAUCACCACACAGUUAAGCUUUUGGAUCCGAAAGAUCUUCAACAGGCAAAGAAAGCUAAACCUACUCCAUCUGCUGAGACAACACCUGUGGCUACUAAUGCACCAAGUGAACCAAAGCCAUCAUCACCAACUAAGAAACGAAAGACAAGCAAGGCUGAAGCAAAAGAACCAAAGGAAACUCCAUCAUCUACUAAAACCAAGGACGAAAACAAAAAGAUUGAUUCUAUUGAACAGGUUACUAGUAAUGUAAAAGAAGCUAUUCCUGAAAGAAUUAUGGAGACUAUUAUUCCUAAACAACAAAUUCAACAAACAGUACAUAAUCCUGUUCAACCAACAGCUGUGAAUCAAACCAUACAAGAUGCCUCUAAAAACAUUUUACAGACCUCUCAACAUUACUCAUCACAACUCAAUCAGAUUAGUCAACCAAAUGUGCAAACAGUUCAGCAACCACAACACGUUAGCACGCAACAAUCUUCCACUCCUCAAUAUGAAAGAUCGAAUGCAGAACCAGCAUAUUCAUUUUCUAGUUUGCUGUUAGGAUCACCAAACACUUCAAAGAGUAUACAAGAUCAAAUAGGUCAAAUAUCGUCCUCUUCCUCAAACAAUUUGAAUCACCAAUCUUCACAGAUACCUGUUAAUAAUAGUAAUUUUUACAAAAAUACCUCCCAAGUUUCUACUACCGAAAGAAAACAAGAUUGGCCUGUACAUCAGUUACAGACACCAAACAGUGUAACAGCAGCAAGCAUGGCAAACACAUCAUCAUCAGUUAGAAAUAUGCAAACAAGCUUGCCGAAUAAUGUUCAAGAUAUGUCACCAAGUUAUCAAUCUAGAAUGUCUCUUGAAAAUCUUAUGGCUCAAAACAAACAUGAAAAUUUGAGAUUACUGGAACAAAUUAAUACUCUGCCAAAGGAUAUUCCAAAGCAACCAAAUCCAAUGCAAGUCUCUACUCCAACAAUGACAAGCCAUACUCCUUCUUUCCGUGAAUUACUCGAAACACCAAGUAGCUUUAAUUCAUCCUCCAGUAGUUCACAAAUGUCUAAUUCCAAUAAUUUCUUGACUUCUCAAUCAAGAAACAUACCUUCAACCGUACCACAACAGCAACAGAAGGUUGGUAAUCCAAAUUUUGUAAACUAUCAAAUUGGUAAGGAUCAUACCCAAGGAUCAAAUCUAGGCAAUACCAACAACUAUUCCAACUAUCUACAACAACAACAACAACAACAGCAGCAAGCAGUUAAUGAAGUGAAGCAAUUGAGUCAACAGGUUUCGAAUCAAAAUAUUUCAAAUAAUUAUGGUCAAUAUUCCCAACAACAAAGAGGUAACUUCCAAACCAAUACUGCCUAUUCAUCCAAUAUGAACACUGCCUCACAUAAUUUCGCACCUCACCACCAAAAUGUAUUGGUCAACAAUACUUCUGCCAACAACAUGAAUGUAAACCAAAAUAACAUGACCAAUAUUGCAAGUAUGUCAAAUAUGAAUCAAAUGACAUCAAAUUUGAUGAAUAGUCAGAAUAGCUCCAAAUAUAAUUCUCUUCAAGGUGCUUCUCUCAACUAUCCAACCAUGAAUCAACAAUCCCAGCAACAACAAAUUACAAGUUCAUAUUCAGGAAAUAUGGGAGGUCAACCAAAGCAAAAUAUGAUGAGCACUUCUCAACAAGCUUUUAAUCAACACCAACAUUCCCAACAAACAUUGUCUCAUAAUCAGCAACAACAUUCCCAACAACAAUACUCUUCGAAUAAUAUUCCAAGAGGUUUUGCACCACAACAAAUUAAUCCACAGCAACUGGGAAAUAGUCAAAUGACCUCUAAUCACCAACAACAAUCAAUGAAUGUUGGUAAUUCCAAUAACAAUAUGCAACAAUUCCUUCCUGGUAUGCAUCAGCAAUUGCCCAAUAAUUCCCACAACUUCCAAAACUACCAACAAAACAAUUCACAACAACAACAAAACACUGGGCAACAAUCAUCUUUCAAAUACUCUUACCUCAAUAAUAAUAUCAAUAAAUAAAACCUGAAU